GCGGGACUUUCCGGAAGCAGGAAGACGUAACGUUUGUUUUGGAAGAACGAAGCAGCGACACAAGAGAGCGAAAAAUGGAGCAAAACGUUGAGGACUACAAGAUGAUAUUUGAGAAGGAGGGGGUUUACCUCCACACAAACGCCAAGAGGAGUAACCAGGACACCACCAUCCCAGGGUUCAUCCGCAUUGUAGAGCGUGCUGGAGUGCCAGCUUUAGAGUGGAGCCCACUGGAGGAUGAUGGUCGCAACGCUCCUGCUGUGCUCUACUCCAGAAAGGAUGGUGAAGGAGGGGAGGAGGACACAAACUUUGACCCAGGAUAUGAGCCGGACUGGGCCGUUAUCAGCACCGUGAAGAAGGAUCGAGAGCACGUCCCAGUUAAAGAAUCUGGUCAGUGGGCGUUCUCUCUGCCUCUCUCAGAGCUAUACUCUCUUCGGAGGGCCCGGUUCUCUUUGGGUCGGAACUUUCUAGUGCUGACUAGUCGAGGCGGCCACCCGUUGCCUCCUCUUCACUUCCACAGAGGAGGAACCAGAGAGCUGCUCAGGGCACUGCAGCACUACAUCAUCCUGGACCAGUCUCCAGUCGAUGGCCGGCUCUUCCUCGCCUACCCCCUCGACUCAGGUGCUCUCUCGCAGUCCUUCGAUAAGCUGCAUCUCCUCGAUGAUGGAGGCUCUGAUCUUGUCUCGAGAUUUAUCCAUGACCCUUAUGCAACUACAUUUGGUGGAUUCUCCAAAGUCACUAAUUUCUUCAGGGCUGCACUUCGUCCUCCAGAUUCUCCUGCUCACUCCCGCCCUGCUCAGGAUCCUAGUUUGCCCUCCCAGCCUGACGACGAGCCCGGAUUUGAACUCAUCACCUGUGGCGUGGAGCUGGGUCCCAGACCAGACGUAACCAGGGGUCGACCUCUGGGCAACUGGGAAGAGUUCCUGGACUCUGAGGGGCGCGUGAAGAACCCAGAGAAAGUCAAAGAACUUGUUUUCAGAGGGGGCAUCACGCCAUCACUACGGAAGGAGAUAUGGAAGUUCCUCCUGGGCUUUUAUCCGUGGAACAGCACUACGAAGGAAAGGGAGGACAUUCUUCGUGUCAAAACGGACGAGUACUUCAGAAUGAAGGUGCAGUGGAAGUCCGUCAGUGAAGAGCAAGAGAUGAGGAACUCCCUCCUCAGAGGAUACAGAAACCUGAUAGAGAGGGAUGUCAACCGGACAGACAGACACAACACGUUCUUCUCUGGGAACGACAAUCCAGGGCUGACGCUGCUUCAUGAUGUGCUCAUGACUUACUGCAUGUACAACUUUGAUCUUGGUUAUGUCCAAGGGAUGAGUGACCUCCUCUCUCCGAUCCUGUUCGUCACCCAGAACGAAGUGGAGUCCUUCUGGUGUCUGACAGGCUUCAUGGAGCUGGUGCACCAGAACUUUGAGGAGUCUCAGGAGGCCAUGAAGCAGCAGCUCCUUCAGCUCAGUGUCCUGCUGAAGGCUCUGGACCCGGAGCUGUGUGACUUCCUGGACUCUCAAGACAGCGGCUCUCUUUGCUUCUGUUUCCGCUGGCUGCUCAUCUGGUUCAAGAGAGAGUUUUCCUUUGAGGACAUCCUCAUCUUGUGGGAGGUUCUCUGGACUCGUCUUCCAUGUGACAACUUCCACCUGCUGAUCGCCUGUGCCAUCCUCCAAUCCCAGCGAGGGGAGCUGAUUGGCUCAGACCACGACUUCAACACUAUUCUGAAGCACAUUAACGAGCUGACGAUGAAGUUGGACCUACUGAGUAUGCUGCGUGGAGCCGAGGCCAUUUACCUCCAACUGGUCCGCUGCAAGGAUCUUCCUCUGAAGGUGCAGCAGGUUCUGGGUCUCUACGUCCCGUCCAGCUCCGAUGAGGAGAGUCCAGACUCCCAGUCCAGUGAGACGCAGCGCCUCCUCGCCCAGUCUCAGGCAGCAGCUGCAGCCUCUAGUUCAGCCUGUGGGUCUUCCUCUCCUUAAAUGUGCAGGUCGGCUGGUGGACUGACAGUUACUAAUUAAGACACGUAUGGAAGUACAUGAAAUACACACAGUAUAUACAGGACAUAUUUAUAUAUAUACUGUAUAUACUGGUCCAGUGAAUAGGAAUGCAGGCUGUUGUUACUGUGUUUCAGCAGCAGGGGGUGCCAUUGAUGCUUCUUUUAACUUGUGUCUAUGAAUGUUACAAUCCAACAUGUUUAAACACUAUACUAUUUUGUGACACCAUACUGGUUUUCUUUGUGUACGUCGUCCUCCUUUGUUUACUGUCUCUGCUGUUCUUUCUAUCCUCCUUGUGAUGCUGCUGUUUUAAUGAUUAUUUAACUGUAUUCAUCCACAUGUAGUGUUUUCAGAGCAUUUUAUGUUUCCUUAUGUCCCCUCUUUACUCACUGUUCCUGAAAAGGAAAGAAGAUGAAGGAUAAGCUGACUGGCAGCAUCCUGGGUAGUACUGUAUGAUGCCAUUCCAGCCCUAUGCAAACAUUUUGCAUGCCCUAUAGUUUUCACAUGCUGCGUGGUAAUGUUUUAAGCCUGGAAUUUAUCUGUAUUAUGUGAUGGCAUUUUGAUCCGCUGAUUAUUACCAAAUAAAUGGUUGAAUCUUAACAAA